GGGCGGGGGUGCCCGAGCCGGCCGCUGCCCUCCGCCAAGCUGCAGCCCCCACUAAAGCAUUGGAUCCCUCAACGUACUGCGAGAGCCCGGUGUACAGCCCGGACCUGUGCCCCAACAUGAUCGCCGCCCAGGCCAAGCUGGUGUACCAGCUCAACAAGUACUACACGGAGCGCUGCCAGGCACGCAAGGCGGCCAUCGCUAAGACCAUCCGCGAGGUGUGCAAGGUGGUGUCGGAUGUGCUGAAGGAGGUGGAGGUGCAGGAGCCGCGCUUCAUCAGCUCGCUGAGCGAGAUCGACGCCCGCUACGAGGGGCUGGAGGUGAUCUCGCCCACCGAGUUCGAGGUGGUGCUCUACCUCAACCAAAUGGGCGUCUUCAACUUCGUGGACGACGGCUCCCUGCCGGGUUGUGCCGUGCUCAAGCUGAGCGACGGCCGCAAGCGCAGCAUGUCGCUCUGGGUGGAGUUCAUCACAGCCUCGGGCUACCUGUCGGCGCGCAAGAUCCGCUCCCGCUUCCAGACGCUGGUGGCCCAGGCCGUGGACAAGUGCAGCUACCGCGACGUGGUGAAGAUGAUCGCGGAUACGAGCGAGGUGAAGCUGCGCAUCCGCGAGCGCUACGUGGUGCAGAUCACACCCGCCUUCAAGUGCACAGGCAUCUGGCCGCGCAGCGCGGCGCAGUGGCCCAUGCCACACAUCCCCUGGCCCGGCCCCAACCGUGUGGCCGAGGUGAAGGCAGAGGGCUUCAACCUGCUCUCCAAGGAGUGCUACUCGCUGACGGGCAAACAGAGCUCGGCCGAGAGUGACGCCUGGGUGCUGCAGUUCGGCGAGGCCGAGAACCGGCUGCUGAUGGGCGGCUGCCGCAACAAGUGCCUCUCGGUGCUCAAGACGCUGCGGGACCGGCACCUGGAGCUGCCCGGGCAGCCGCUCAACAACUACCACAUGAAGACGCUGCUGCUGUACGAGUGCGAGAAGCACCCGAGGGAGACCGACUGGGACGAGGCGUGCCUGGGCGACCGCCUCAACGGCAUCCUGCUACAGCUCAUCUCCUGCCUGCAGUGCCGCCGCUGCCCGCACUACUUCCUGCCCAACCUCGACCUCUUUCAGGGCAAGCCCCACUCGGCCCUAGAGAGCGCCGCCAAACAGACCUGGAGGCUGGCCCGGGAGAUCCUCACCAAUCCCAAAAGCCUCGACAAACUAUAGGGCCGGCGCCCGGGCGCACGCCGCUCGCCCCCCGGUACCGCGGCGGCCACAGACUGCUACGGAUCGGCGCCGCCCGCGGGGACGGCAUCCCCGCCUCUCCUCCGCAAAGAGAAGCGCUCGGACUUUUGCCGCGGCCAAACGAAAGCCCAAAGGUACAUUUUCCAAUCCCUGUAUAGUCCUUUUCUUACUCUCUCUCUCUCUCGUCUGCCUGAAUGUUGUCACCAAGUGAAAAAUUAUUUAACUAUAUGUACAAAUUGCCCUUUAAAAAAAAAAAAAGUUUUACCGAUGUUAAAAUGUGUUUCGGCGCCGAGGUCAGAUGAUGUGCUCCACCACUGACUUGUUGCAAAUAGUAAUAAAAACAUCACUUUAACUUUAA